AUGACAGCGGACGGCGCCUCUUCGAUCUCGGUUACGGUGCGAGUGAGGCCAUUCACAAUUAGAGAAGCUGCUCAACUUACGAGAUGCGACGACACAACCAUAUUCCUUGGCGAUGGCUCCCUGGCCGCCGCCCCGACUCCGAAAUUGUCUCAGAAAGGCCUUCGUCCAGUCAUCAAGGUUGUCGACGACAAGUGCUUAGUCUUUGACCCUCCUGAGGAUAAUCCAGUUCAGAAGUUCUCCCGGUCCGUCGUGCCGUCGGGCAAGCGUGUCAAAGAUCAGACCUUCGGUUUCGACCGAAUAUUCGACGAGAACGCAUCUCAAGGUGAAGUCUAUGAAGCCACCACAAGACCACUGCUCGACAGUGUGUUGGAUGGCUACAAUGCUACGGUCUUCGCCUACGGUGCCACCGGUUGUGGAAAGACUCAUACAAUCACUGGAACUGCUCAAGAGCCAGGCAUAAUCUUCUCUGCUAUGAAAGAAUUAUUCGAGAGAGUGCAAGAGUUGUCAGCCGAAAAGGUCACAGAGAUAUCGUUGUCGUACCUGGAGAUCUACAAUGAAACGAUCCGCGACUUGCUCGUCCCUGGCAAUAAUAAGGGUGGGCUGAUGUUGAGAGAAGAUUCCAAUCAAGCCGUUUCGGUUGCCGGCCUCUCCAGCCACCACCCACAGAAUGUUGAAGAAGUCAUGGAAAUGAUUGUACGAGGAAACGAGAUGCGCACCAUGUCGCCCACCGAAGCCAACGCCACUUCCUCGCGAUCACACGCCGUCCUCCAAAUCAAUGUCGCACAGAAGGACCGAAAUGCUGGCGUUGACGAACCACAUACCAUGGCUACCUUGAGCAUUAUCGACCUUGCAGGUAGCGAACGAGCAAGUGCUACCAAAAAUCGGGGUGAACGGCUGCUGGAGGGCGCCAACAUCAACAAAUCCCUGCUGGCACUUGGCAGCUGUAUCAAUGCGCUUUGCGAUCCGCGUAAGCACAACCACGUCCCCUAUCGCAACUCCAAGCUUACUCGCCUCCUAAAAUUCUCUCUUGGUGGUAACUGCAAAACAGUGAUGAUUGUCUGCGUCAGUCCUUCCAGUGCACACUUCGAUGAGACACAGAAUACCCUGAGAUACGCAAAUCGAGCAAAGAACAUCCAGACGAAAGUCACUCGCAAUGUGUACAACAUCAAUCGUCACGUCAAAGAUUAUCUGGUCAAGAUUGACGAACAAAUGGCACAGAUCAACGAGCUAAAGGCCCAGCUGAAGGAAGCUGAAACAUUCGCCUUCACCAAAUUCAAGAAGCAGAAUGAGAAAAAGGAGAACAUUGCCCGGGAGGGCGUGCAGAGAAUCAGAGCAGCAUACGAGAAUUCUGCAACAGAGCGACAAGAGCGUAUCAACAACAUGAUCAAGCUCAAACAAAUCGGGCGUCGCAUCGCUAUGCUGAACUCUUGGAUUACCGCAUUUGAAGCUGUCUGCGACAACCUCGACAUCGAGGAACCAAUGCCGAACAUGCAGGCAGUGAAGAAGACCGCCCAUGGAAUCAUGAUCGAGCUCGAGAGCGGCCGACAUCACUGCCAUCAGAAGGUGUCCAAGAGCAGCUGGGACCGGUCCAUGAACACCGCUUUAGAGCAUAGCUUGAAGCAACUCAACGAAGUCGACACGGGCGAUAUGAUCGACGCUGAGAUGCUUCGACGUGAGGUCGAAUUGCUCAAGUCAAAAGCUGAAAGAGAGGCCUUCGCAGCUGUGGCCGAGCAAGACAAGAACGGAGACGCAGGCACCAUUCAGAUUCUGCUACGGGCACAUUUUGAGACCAUUUCUGCCAUAGAGAGGUUAAACGAUAUGAGCGUCGAUGACGCGGUUGAUGCUGCCACACAGAUACUUGGGAAGAUGCUGUCCUCGGCUUCGAGCGCAGCAUCUUACGUCGUCAAGCCCGACGGCAGCCUGGCUCCUUUCGAAGUGUUUGCGCCUUCCAAGUCAGGUACACCCAAGAGGCGGAAGCAAAAUGCGGGCACGUCCAUCUUGGAAGGAAGCCCAACGCGAGCGAGACCUACUGCCAUCCCCGUGGUGGCGCCUCACCUCACGCUUUCUCCGGCUAGACCCUCCCCUAGGCGUAGAGGGUUGCUAGGAAGUGCAAAGAAAGGUAUCCAGGUAUCCUUCACACCCAAGAAACGGAAAAACCCUGCGAAGAGUGCGAAGCGAGCAGUAAGGUGGCGAGACGACACCGAAGAUGGAACACUGGCCGAGUUUGAGAAAACACCCCAGAAGUUUCCUUCAGCGGAUGAGUCAACAUCGGAGAUUACUCUUCCUCAGAUCUCGGACCUUACAUCGUCCUUCUCAGCUCUUGCGACCCAAUCGCCUGACUCAUCUCCCAUUCCUCCUCCGCCAGAGGCUACCAUCAAUGUGCAACACAAAGGCGGUCGCUUCCAGGCAGGCUUUCUAUCCAAGAGAUAUGACGGCUCACCAUUGUCUUCAAACCUACUCCCUCCCAAGAUGACACCUCUAUCAUCCUCCGACAGCGAAUUGUCCCCGCUAAGAGAGCUCGACGCAGGAAAAGCCUCGAACCGUGGCUCACUAAUCCCUCAAAACAAGGCUGCUGCGACAUUCGAUUCCUCUAUCGACGGAGAUAAUAUCUCCUCUGGCACCAAUUCUGACACUGAGAACCAUGCGGCUGGGGCGAACAAAGAGGAGGCUCUUGUGAUCCGCAAUGCAGUCAGACGUUCCUCUUCCUUGCGUCGCUCGGGUGUUCACGGCUCGCGGACCCAGCGUCGACGAUCACCCACAGCUGCAACAGCGGCACUCGCUGGUUCUCCGCCUUCAGAGGGUAUGUUCGCGGCCGGCCAUGUUAGGAGGAUGGUCCACACCGGCAAAAGUGAACAUGGACUGCUGAAGGAGAACGAUCGGGAAUGGAAGGUGGGCGUGCUUAGCCCGCGCGUCCAGGGCAUUGUCAGUCAUAGCCGAGGGCUGAGCGCGUCGGCGAACCCAUUGAGGAGAACGACCAUGAGUGGCACGGACGCCAGAGGGACAGCCACUGGGAUUGGUGAACGAGCCGCGGGCGGAGGAGUAAGGUUGUCAAGCAUUAACCAUGGUCACUCGCAGACCGCAUCAAGGGGAAGUCUAAUGCCCACGGGUAAAGCUGUCUGGCGCUGA